CACACACAUGAACACACACACAUACACACACACACACACACACAUGAACACACACACAUACACACACACACACACACACACACACACACAUGAACACACACACACACACACGUCCUCCUCUGUGAUCGUUCAGGAAUCAGAAACUUUCUUCUUCUUCUUCUUCUUCUUCUUCUUCUUCUGGGAUUAUGAUCAUCGUUUUUAACCUCCGGGCGCUCCUUCUUCUUCUUCUUCUUCUUGUUUCUCACUUCCUGUUUCUGCAGGAGGCGGCGUCGCUCAUCUCUCAGCGAACCGUGAACCCCCGCGAGAUGUUCAAGCAGCGAGAGAGAGGAAUCACUCCCAGCGAAUCAGACGUCCCCUCUGUUACACCCGCAAGUCCUCAGCCAGGUACUCGCCACAGUGAGCUCGCCUUACCUGUCAGGUAGCAGUGGGCGUGGUUGAGACUAACACUGUAAGAGCUUUGACCUUUGACCUAAAUCAGACUGUCAGAUGGUCUGGUGGUGGUCCUGACUCAUGCUGUCCCCUCUUCCUGGGGUCCUCCUGGUCCGUCUGUUUUUCCGGCAUGUCCGUGUGUCUGUGUUUCUGCUCAGGGCGUCUCCAAAGCCCGUUUCUGUCUGAGCGUAACCGCUCACCUCAGCAGCAGCAGGCUUCACCUGUGCCAGCAGGCUCCGCCUCCCCAGUCCGUGCCGCAGGUGUGAGCCCGCCCACUCUCUCUCUCUCUCACAUGCUUCAUCCUGUGUUGUGGAUUGUUCGUGGUGGUCAUGAUGUUGGUCAUUAUUUUGAGGUUUUCUUCGUUUGUUCACUCGUUCCGUGUUCCUCUGUGAAACGGCAUGUUUGUGUUUUCUGGUGAGAAGAGUCUGAUGUGGAUGACGGACAGACCAGGUGUGAGUAUGACGAGCAGGAAGUGACCCCCCAGGAGCAGCCUAAAGGUGGGGCUCAGUUUGAAUGAUCAUUUUUGAACCCUUUGUAAACGCUGUGGUCAGCUCAUGUGAUCCUCUCAGGAUCAGCUGCUGCCACCUGCUGGUGGAUACAAGGCGGUUCAGCCGACUCACAGUCUGAUGGGAAUCUGUCUUUUCAGACGAGGUUCCAGCUUCCAACUCCUACAGCCAAGACGCAGCACACGAAGAGCCGCCUCAGGUGUUUGUUUUCUACCUUUACAUGAUUCUUGUCUCUUCAUGAUCCAAACCAUCUGAAACUAAAACCUGAUUCUGUCCCAGCAGGAGGACACCAACUCCUACCAGGAGACAGCAGAGGAGCCGCUGGACAAAGGCAUCUGUGCCCGAGCUUUAUACGAUUACCAGGCCGGUGAGUUUUCCUCUCAGAGUCUGUCCGUCCGUCCGUCCGUCUGUCCGGGUUUAUUUCUUAGAGCGAACCGUAGAAAACUAAAUGUGGAUUCUGCUGGUUCUGAAGUUUGGAUCAGUAACUCUGACUCAUUCAUUCAGGACGUCUCCUAAAGUCAGUCCUCCUUUUAGACGUUUAACCCUCCAGUGUGAUCAUCUCUUCUUCGUCUCGCUCUUCUCAGUCGCCAUGGCGCUCCUGCCCUGAUGUGGUUAAAAAGGGAAAUGUCUCGUUGUUCAGUUUUAAGCUUCACCGUGUGUCGCUCAUGAUUCUGUCGGUGAAGCUCCUAAAGAUGACGAGGAAUCUGUAACAUGGCGGUUUCUCUUCAACAUGCACAGCUGUCAAUCAAACGUCUUCGUUCUGAUGUGAUUUUUAUUCACAUGCUGUUUUGUCCCUUAUGGCACACUGUAGUUUAGCUGCCAAAGCCAAAAUCUCUCUUGAAGCACGUUUAUUAGCGCACAAGCGAAGCUAACCAGACUGCGAGUGACCUCAUCACAGCGCUGUGAGGGACGUGGCGAUGGCCGCUCCUCCGUGGACGAAAACAAAAACGUUUUAAAAACUUUUAAUUAAUAAAAAUAUCUGAUCCCGAGUCCUGAAGUGACGGGAAACUUUGGAAAAGUGUUUGUUUCAUGAAACGUUGCUUAUUCCUUUCAGCUGACGAUACGGAGAUCUCCUUCGACCCCGACGACAUCAUCACCGGGAUCGAGAUGAUCGAUGAGGGCUGGUGGCGAGGCUACAGCCCAGACGGUAAUUUUGGGAUGUUCCCGGCCAAUUACGUGGAGCUCAUUUAGCUGAGCGAUCACAGUGAAUAAGGCGGAGUAAAUCACCUUCCACAUCAUGGACCAAGAAUUGGACGGUAACCGUGGGCCAGAACGUUUUUCCUCAUAUCAAGAAAGAAAUUCCUUCAAUAGUUUGAGCAGCUGAUGGCGAAGUUUCUGUCUCUCCACCUUAAAUGUGAUGCAGUUCGUUAUCAGCCUUUUGUUGAGUUGUGGGUCGUGAACUUUUUUGGCACUUCCAGUUAGCAUUCCUUCCAAAGUGACCGGUUCUGUUUCAGGUUCUUUUUGACCUUGUAGCAAAUCCUUUCAGAGAUGGUGGUACCAGCUGCAGUUUGUUCCUUUGCCUUGUUUUUGCCUUCUUUACCGGCAGACUGAAUUAUUAUUAUUAUUAUUAUUAUUUUUUAAUGUGAUCCAGCCUCCGUGUGUGAACUUGAAACUGUGUUAGGAGUGCAUAUUUAAAAAAAUCACACAGUGUUUGCCGUGCUCUGGGUGGGGGAUUAAAGGGUCAUUUUCCCUUUAACGGAUAAAUCAACAAUUUCAUUCAGUCCUUCGAUAUUUCAGUCAGAGCAUUUCAACAUAUUUCUGUUUUCUAAAGUCAUUUCAACAAGAUAAUUGAACAUAUUUUAACAUAUUUCAAAGUCAAAGUGAACAAAAAAAAAACCACAAAAUGAAGAAUUAGUCGGUCUAUCCUGAUGCUCUGAGGUUGAGUUUGAGUGAAAUAUACUGUGUGUGUGUUUUGGUGCCAAAAAGAGGGAAAGUGACAAUAAUUGAGAAUAAAAAGCACCAUGACACUCGAGCUCACGGAUUCUUCUUCUUCAGUUUUCAGCUUCAUUAAAAAGAGUCGAUCAUGAAUCUAAACGAGCGUCUUUGUUUUCUGUGAUUCUUCAAAAUAAAAUCAACAAACCAGCCGA